AUGAUGCUCGUGCUGUUCUCCGUGCUUUUUGUCAGCCCGUCCAGUUCGUCGGGCUGUGAACGGAAGUUUUACGUGCUGUCGUUGGAAGAGACGGAGGCGCGCGCGCCCCGCUUGUCCCGAUGCAGCAUUACGACGUAUGCUUGGCGGCUUCAAACUGAGCUGUCUGCAAGCUUGUGUGCGACUGCAGACCUACAUGAGGCAGACGUGCUGAUGGUGCCCGGUUACACAUACACAGACUGCCACUGGCCACAUUACAACCAUGACUCCUGCCAAAAAGAGGGCACGUACUAUCGAAGCGGGGAUAAAUGCUAUGAUGAUGAAACCAUGAGGGACUAUGCGGCCCUUCGUAGCCAGAAGGACUUUGAUGGAAAGAUCCUUGCCUUGGCAGACAGUGGUGAUGGUAUCCACGGCUUCCCAGAUCGGCGCUUAUUUCAUGAUCCAGGCUUCCUGGUGAUGCGUUUAGGUCUGCCGGCCUGGGCCCAUAGCCCAAACAAUAUUGCGUUGCCUUCUGGCCCCACACCUCGAUGUGCCAGCGCAGCUGGACAGAAAGCAAUGUCCGAGCCUCUUUCCUCCAAGAAGUAUUUCUUGACGUUUAAAGGGCAUUUAUCAAGAAAUCUCCGGCGAAUAGCCGCUGCGAAGCUGCAUCACAACGACAUGGAUGUCAUUAUUGCUGACGCCAAUGAUGAGCAGUAUGACUUCGAUGACUUACUGUACUCGUCUGUUUUCGGUUUGGUCAUGGAGGGGGAUGGGCUUUUCAGCUUUCGCUUCAAUGAAGCCGUUUGCUCUGGAGCAAUUCCUGUUCUGGUGUCAAGCACGCAGGUUCCUCCUUUCCAUGAUCUUGUUCCCUUUGCGGAGACGUAUGGGGUCCUGGUGGAGGAUGAGGAGGUGCCGGAGCUGGUGGUGAAGCUGAGGGCUUUGGAUCUCCGCAUCCGCUCGGAGCUGCGCUACCAAGCUGCCAAGGUUUGCAAUGGUUACCUGAAGACCUUCGAACUCCAGGCCAAGGCUGUGGCUCAGCAGCUUUCACGGCAGCCUGCGUCCGCUCCGCGUACCUCUUGCGCUGGCGGGUUCUACGUGCUGAGCUUUGGGGAGGCUGAGGGCUUGAUUCCGGAGCUGGAAGAGUGCCAGGUCUAUGAGUACGCUGCCCGCAUGCAUCGUGCCUUUCUGGCCGUGCGUGGGCUAGGUCCUCAUUGUUGGGCUCAGCAGCUUCAAGAGGCGGGCGUGGUACUGGUACCUGGCUACUCUACACGGCGGCCGCAGGAGUGGGCUGAGACACGCUUUCAAGAGGGCUGCUCACAGGAAGAGGUGCUCAGCGCAUACCACCGCCUCCAAUCUCACAAGGAAAUUCGUGGCAAGAUGUUGCUCUUGCUUGAUGCCGGUGACUUCAGCAUUCCAGCGGACCUGGACAUGGCAUGGCUGCGAGUGCGCCCCGAACGGGACACUUUCAGGCUUUUCCAUGAUCUAGCUCUGCCUGCAGAGCCAGCAACCUUGAGCUUGCAGCCAGAGGGCAUGCGGUCUUUUCUCGCACCACUCGACACGAAGCGAUAUUUCCUGAGCUGCAAGGGCCGGUUGGAUGAAGCUGGUUUGCCUGAGACUGUUGGACAUCUUGGCCGGCAUAUCAUACUUGCACCUUGCCUGUGCUGA